AUGGAGCAAUCAUUGUCUGAUGAAGACGGCGAACCUCCGCUCGAAAAUGAGGAUCCCGCAGAUGAUGCUCCGCAAGAGCUGCCGGACAGCGAACUCUUGACAGAGGUAAAAAGACUUGAGAGGGAUACCAGCUUUCUAGCGUUGCGCAUCAGCGAGUUGAAAUUGGAGGCCACCUCUCCGACCAACCAGGCCAUUAUACGUGCCCGGGCAACGAAGGAGUUCAACGAGAGACUUGGACAGCUGGAGGACCAAAAAUACUCUAUCGCGGUUGUUUUCCCGUUGGAGAAACACACGCAAAGGAUGAACGACUUGGAUCUCAGAAAUCUAGACCUCCCCGAGAAUUUGUUUGAGCUUGGGCGCAAAGAUAUGCGGGCCGAAUUUCGAGCAUUCUUUCGGCUUGAAGCAUUUCGAGACUUGCAGAGAACGGAGGAAAAUCUUGCGGAUCUGCUUCACGAGCUACUGGAUCGGGCGCACCCAGCACUCGAGCAACUCGAGCACAACAUAUGGCAGAGGCGCAGAACUUUGCGUACCGCAGCAGAAAGCCAUCUGCAGGAGCUGCAUUAUUUCAAGCAGAUGGACACGUUGGAGCAAAAGAAAAAGCGACAAAAGUCGCAAAGAGUCCACGAAGAAAUGAAGUCCCUUCUUUUGAUCCUGGAGGAACCGCAGGGUGUAUAUUCGCUAUACGAUGCUGAGCUUGGUCAUAAGAUGAGAAUGAAGACCUGGCUGCUAUGGGACCUUUUGGCAGCCGACAUUGAAGUCACUUCAAAGCUGUUACAUGGACUGAGGAGCAAUGUUUUCACGAGGCUUCGACAUACUUUCAGCUCAUCUCUCCACGGGCACCAACAUCGGGCGUUGAGAAUACAAAGUUGUCUCUCCGAUAUGAGCGACGUUUGUAAAGAGAUGGACAGGGAGAUCUUUAACCUAUUCAGAGCGCACAAGCGAGACAAUACCCACCUAAGCAGAUAUAUGACUAACGCUGUGUUACGUGCUAACCGACCCGCCACGAUGGUAGCACAGUCUACGGGUGAGAUGUACCAGACGUUCCUUGAUUUACAUCUGGAUGGACUGCGAUGGCCUCAGACAGCGGCUCAGCACCACAUCGCUUCCACAUUGGGCCCUGUGUGGCUCUAUUUGCGCCAACAACGCAUUCUCCAAGACGCCGUGGAGGAGCUCGUGUCCUUCACGACCAAGGCUGCUUCACGCUUACAACCUCGGACUGAUGAUCCGAAUGACUGCAGCGAGCCUGAGCAUCUCCACCUCAAUCUGGAUGGCUUCUUAGAAGCGUACAGCAACUGGCUUGCCGACCGUCGAGAUCUCCUGUACUGCCAUAACGAAUGCUCGACCUGGUUUGGCAUCUUCAAAUUGCUCCAGCCCAAUCUCGUUCGAGACACCUCGUAUGGCCAGAAAGUCGGGCCUUUGGUCAGGCGGCAAGUCGAAGUCCUUGAAUACAAGCCCAUCGUCGAGGCCGUAAACGGACUUUAUCGCGAAAAGCUGUCAUGGCCGAUAGACGACUAUCUCUACCCCCAGCAGCAGGCCAUUCCCGUCUACUACAUUUGCUCGCCGAAGUAUCUGCAUAGUGCUUUGAAGACUCUCAAGGGCGCCAAGGUUUUAGGUCUGGAUACGGUCAUCCGCCAGCAGACCGUCUACUCGACAUACAAGACGUCUCAGGCCACCGCACUGAUGCUGGCUUCGGAAGAUUGUAUACUCAUUAUCUCGUCGACGAUUCUGCGCGAAAAUGGAUAUUCUUUGUAUGAGCAUGGCCUCUUGGAUCUUAGAGAUCUCCUCAGCGAUCCGCAGAUAUUGAAAGUCGGUCCUAACAUGACCUGGACCAGGGAAGCUCUCUAUCACUCUUUCGCCAUCGACAUGCAGGGCUGUGUGGAACUGGGCGCCCACAGUGCCAGCGGGGCUCUGUCAAUGCUGGAUGAAGAUCGGAACUGGCCAUAUUUAGAAACAUUGGCACGCCAACACGAUUCAAUCCGGCUGUACGGGCGGCCCGGCGUAGGAGCCGGAUUUUUCUGCGUCGUCAGACACCUCGCAACACGCGCAUACGCAGCCUUGAAGAUAUAUCGCGAUCGGUACGGAUUUGAGUCUCCGCCGAAGUCUACCCUCGCGACGGAUGCCAGAUCCGCACCCGCUUUUGGCCCACUUCAUCUUGAUGAUGCGUCUGUAAUCACAGGCCCUGAUUACUUUCAAUUGGAAGUGCGCGGCGCUUUGCAAAGGUUAUCCUCGUCUGGUGGCUCUGGGAAGAAGAUAGCCGGCGCCAAAUUCCGGACGGAUGUGCUGUUGGCCGAAACGUAUCGGAUGGCCCGACAUGCGCUUGCUCGCAUAAAGAGCCGCAAUGACAACGGGCCUGGGACACAGAUAGCCCUUGAGCAUUUGCAAGCUUAUCAUCUUGCAACGACAUUUACAGAGAAUGACCCGAGGGUCGUUGGAGAAUUGUUGGGACUACGAUCGCCCGCAAGGACAAUCUUGCAAGUGGCGGAAGUCGCGAGACUCCCACUCAAUGACUACCACCGUGCAAUGUUUGUGGCUGUAAAGGAGUCGGAGCCGCCGCUCGCGCAGGAAGGACGCCCUACGGUGACGCUACGCCGAAGACCGUGGUCAACGCGGUCUAAGACUGCACCCGCUGGCUCCCUUCCAGCAGUUUCCGAUGAUCCAAACGAGCACGACGCUCUGACCGACACCGCGACUGAGUCUCCCAUGGACCAUGCGCCUCCUCAUGACGUGCAAGGUCCACCUCAGGGGCGAGUCCGCAAAUACGUAUUUUCUGAGCGGGUGAUUCGGCGUCUGAAAGCAUCGCGACCGUCGGAGCGGCGUUGCGAGCGUCAGUGGAGAAUAAAGUAA